GCCACAGCGGGCGGGUGCAGCGCCGCCAUGGAGCGGACACCCAUCCCCGUGCUCACCGUGCAGACGGCGCCCUACGAGGACCAGCGGCCCACGGGCGGCGGGGGGCUGCGGCGGCCCACGGCGCUCUUCGAGAGCCAGCGCAACUACCUACCCAACUUCGUGCAGAGCCUCCUCUCCUCCGUCGACCUCCGCGACCGCCAGGGCUGCACCAUGGUGGUGGGCAGCGACGGCAGGUACUUCAGCAAGACGGCCAUCGAGAUCGUCGUCCAAAUGGCCGCGGCCAACGGGAUCGGGAGAUUGGUUAUUGGACAGAAUGGUAUCUUAUCCACACCUGCUGUUUCAUGUAUCAUCCGAAAGAUCAAAGCAGCUGGUGGAAUUAUUUUAACAGCUAGCCACAGUCCUGGGGGACCCGGAGGAGAGUUUGGAGUCAAGUUUGAGGUUGCCAAUGGAGGACCUGCUCCAGAUAUAGUUUCAGAUAAAAUCUACCAAAUCAGCAAAACCUUGGAGGAAUAUGCCAUUUGUCCUGAUCUCAGAGUUGAUUUAUCACGCCUAGGAAGACAAGAAUUUGAUCUGGAGAACAAAUUCAAACCUUUCCGAGUGGAAAUUGUGGAUUCUGUGGAUAUCUACCUCAAUCUCCUUCGAAAUAUCUUUGACUUCAAUGCUAUCAGAAAUUUGCUGACUGGACCCAACCAGAUCAAAAUAAGGAUUGAUGCCAUGAAUGGAGUUAUGGGACCUUAUGUGAGAAGAAUCCUGUGUGAUGAAUUGGGAGCCCCUGCAAAUUCUGCCAUAAACUGUAUUCCUCUGGAGGACUUUGGUGGACAGCCUCCUGAUCCCAAUUUAACAUAUGCAACUGCCUUGCUAGAGGCUAUGAGAGGUGGCGAGUAUGGAUUUGGAGCGGCUUUUGAUGCUGAUGGAGACCGCUACAUGAUCCUUGGCCAAAAUGGUUUCUUUGUUAAUGCGUCAGAUUCAUUGGCAAUAAUUGCUGCCCAUCUGUCUUGCAUUCCAUACUUUUGUCAUAUGGGUGUCCGAGGAUUUGGCAGGAGCAUGCCUACCAGCACAGCCCUGGACAAAGUGGCAAAAGUAAUGAAGGUUCCUGUGUAUGAGACACCAACAGGAUGGAGAUAUUUUUCCAAUCUCAUGGACUCUGGACGUUGCUCGCUUUGUGGAGAGGAAAGCUUUGGCACUGGGUCUGAUCACCUUCGAGAGAAAGAUGGACUAUGGGCUGUGCUAGUUUGGCUUUCAAUCCUAGCAGCUCGAAAGCAGAGUGUGGAGGAGAUUGUCAGGGAUCACUGGGCAAAAUUCGGCCGACACUACUACUGCAGGUUUGAUUAUGAAGCACUGGAACCCAGAACAGCAUAUUUCAUAAUGAGAGACCUGGAAACUUUAAUCACUGACAAAUCAUUCAGACAUCAGCAGUUUGCUGUGGGUAACAAUAUCUACAGUGUGGAAAGAACGGACAGCUUUGAGUACGUAGAUCCUGUGGAUGGCACUGUGACCAAAAGACAGGGGCUGCGGAUUAUUUUUUCAGAUGCUUCCAGGCUUAUCUUCAGAAUGAGUGCUUCCAGCCAUGUGAGAGCUACUCUCCGGAUCUAUGCAGAGAGUUAUGAAAAGGAUCCUAGUCAACACAAUAAGGAACCACAGGCUGUGCUGAGUCCUCUUAUAGCAAUCGCACUGAAAAUAUCUCAGAUUCAUGAGAGGACAGGGCGAAAGGGACCCACUGUCAUCACCUGAAGCCACAGAAGAUUAUUAAACCAGGGCCAAAAAAGAAGCAGCAAGGAAGAGACAGGAUCUUGCUGAAACAUGUUAGCCAUUUUUGCCUUGUAUGAUUAUAAGUUUUCUUGGGGAUUGAGGUAGGGAGGGAAUUAAAAUUCAGUAUAAUAUUGAGCAUAUUCAUUUGCAUUGAUCUCCAAAUACAGUAGUGUAUUGAUUUUGUUUUACCUGCAGUAUCUUAAUUUCAGAUAACAAUAUAACUGAAGAAAGAGGCCUUAACCUUCAACUGUUCUCAGCAAUGUGACAGAAAAGGAAAACUGCUUGAUUUUGAAUGCUGUGAUAAAAGUUGGGGAGAUUUCAGUUAGGAAGAGGGGGGAGAAGUUGCAAAACAAAGACAUGCUUGGUAAAUAUUGUUUGGGAUCCUUGUCAUCUUCUUGCUGGUUUACAAAGAGGUAUACAGAGCAUGUCGGAGGUGUAAGGGCUGUAUACUAUGCUUUGCAAAGGGUGUAUUUCUGCACCUGACACCACUCUUCCUCUCCUGUCUGUCCUAUUGCUCACACAUGCACGCUGGCAGCAGUGUUGUAUACACACUUACACAGGCUCCCAAAGAAGGGGUUAUCCCAUAUUUUUUUUUACCCCUGCUUUUAAAGCAUAUCAAUGUGACUUAUGUAUUUAGAUUUUCCUGAUAUUUUGACUGUGGUUUUUUUUUCUCCAAAGAAAGGCAUUUGUGCUAUAGAAGCUGAUUGUGACCUUCCAGCAAUAUGUUGGGUGUGGAAUCUGGCUGGCUUUUGCAUAUUCUCCGUGUCAGGAGAUGGUAUUCGUACUUACUGUGUUUGAGAGGUAAUCACUGCAAGUUCAGCAAUUUUUCAUGAAAGAGUUAUUAUGAAAGUUCUGUAAGUCUUUGGAAUACUUAUGCUCCACUUACCUCAAAGUGGUAAGUGAAUUGUGUAGUGAAGAGGAAAUGAAAACAAAUGCUGAUGAAUUAAAUAGAAAUACUUGUCUGAUUCAUCAGCUGGACACAGUUUGUGUUAGAUUUUUCGUUAACAGUGGAUCAUGAAAAAAACAUCUGGGGAGUGCAAAGGGAGAAUAGACAUCCUGGCAUAGAUCUGAGAGGGAUACUGGGGAUAUGGACAUCAGCAUUUUUCUGCUUGUGAAAUGAUACUUCAGCUCUGGCUACAAUACUGUGCUCUGAAGAAGGAAACAAACACUUUAUGCAUGUGGCUUGUUUGAAAACUUUGCUUCCUUGGGAACAGCGUGGUCACUUGUAUCAUUCAUCAAGGUGGCAAGGUACAGCUUGCCUCUUUGCAGUGUGUUUCAAUUCAUUGUGGUUGUCAAAGUUUAGUGCAAUUUAUAUAAUAUUUCAGCAAAGGAGAAUAUUUUGAUUCAACACUUCUGUCAAAAAAUUACUAUGGCACUUACUACACAAUAAAGAGUAAUGCUGUAUUUCUGUCUUAAUACAUAAUUGUGGACAAGACUCUGCACUUUCAACCAUCCUAAUAAAAAUGCCUUUAAUACAAUUACAUUAUGUACUUAAUUGACUCUAAACAAAUCCGGCACUAAUGUUGUCACAUAGUAUUCUACCUUACCCCUGGUAGUCACAUAAAACAAAGGAGACUUGAAGUUGCUAUUUUUUUAUAAAGAUUUUUGUGGAGACCUCCAGGCCAUUCUCACACAAUCUGGACAUCUACUUUUGACUGUAAGAAUAUUCAUCUUUAUAGAAAUCUUGUUUAACUAAUCUUUCUUUUUUCUUAUGGAUCAACCUCCUCUAGGGGCAGGAAUGUAAGCUCUUAAUUACUGGAUCAGGCAUGGUCAAACAUACCCUGGAUUAUGACACUUAGUUCAAAUUACUGGGCCACAGGAAAGAACAUUCUGAAAGGCAGCCCAAGAACUCCUAAAAUCUUUUACACAUUCUCUGACAAUGAAAUAAUUUCUGAUCACAUGAUGAAUUGGCUAUACCGGAAAGUGUCCAGUUUGCCAAACUUCUGGGACUACAACUUGCACUUUGAAAAGGAAGGUACUGAGACCAGGUGUCUUUCAGGAUGCAGUGGUGAGAAUCGUGAGGAAUAAAUCAAGAGUGUGAAGAAGCAUAUUGGUGCUUUUAUCAGAAAAUCACUAGAGCACCAGCCGCAGUAGAUGGCAGUUUGCUUUUAUGAAGACAGUCUUUGUGAACAAAGGUUAUGUUUUAGAAUCUCAGUACUGACCUUCGUCCUGGGCUUCAGAAACAAUAGUUGUGCCUCUGCACUGAAAUGUAAAAAAUGGCUGUUUGUGUGCAGUUUUGAAUAGCUUACAAACAGAACUAGCCUAACCCCACAUCCAUUCACC